CUCCAAUUUUCAUCAAAUCUGCUCCAAAUUCCGGACCCAGCAUUCUAUCAUCCAAAAUAACUAGCGGGGUGUAAGAUAUAUGUCUGACACUUGCAUUAUGUCGGUGGUGCGCUAUGACCUGUACGUGAAUCUGCAGUGGAGAGACAGGAGGUUCCGGUUUGACCCCCGAGUGCCGAGUGUGACCUUUGAACAUCAGUCGGUGGAGAGGGAUGAGAUGCUGUGGGUGCCCACCAUCUACUUUCCAGACGGCAUAAACGCCCAAGUGCCGGAUGUCAUGCGCACCAAUAUACAGGUGCGUGUGUUUUCCAACGGGACCAUCCGCUACAGUUCCAGGGCCCAGCUGGACAAUGCAUGUGUCAUGUUCCUCGGACAUUUUCCCCUCGAUGUCCAACACUGCGAACUUUGUGUCGAGAGCUACACGCACACUGUGGAGGAAGCGGAGUUCCACUGGCGGGAGAGGGGGGCGGUGGUGUUCGGGGAGAGACUGAGGAAGUACUCUGAGUUGCCCAUGACUGCCCACUUUACAGUCAGCAACCCAUCCUACAACGAGAGUAUACGUCAUUUCGACAGUGGAAACUACAGUCGACUGUGUGUGAACAUAGUGUUUGAGAGGAAACUACUCCACUAUAUUCUGGCAGACUACCUGCCGAGUGGCAUGAUUGUCUGUCUCUCCUGGGUGUCCUUCUGGGUCUCGCCAGACCUCAUUCCCGCCCGCGCCUCCCUCUCAAUCACAACUGUACUCGCCAUCAUCACACUCAUAGGCGGCACACAACAGAGGUUCCCGAGUGUGUCGGAUUUGAAGGCACUGGACAUCUACUACUUCAUGUGUUUCCUCUAUGUCUUCCUCUGUCUACUGGAGUUCGCAGCUGCCAGCUACAGAGCCAAACGCAUGCCACCCAACCAGAAGUCCAUAGAUGUGAGUUUGGCAGACAUAGGGGCCAUGGCACUCAAAAUGACCGCUGUCAGCACAAUAGAUGAAGAGGAUGAACUUGGAGGUAUGGACAUCUAUCCUCCCGAAGGAACGUUGCGAGGACCCAAUGCUUCUUUCGGGUCCCAGUCGUUCAACGGAGAAUGCUCGGGCAAUUCAGGGAUGAGCAAGGGGGCAGCCGCGGGCGAGUACGGAAACAGGAACUCAGCGUCCUCCAAUCGGCUGCGCUUCAAGCGCGACAACUCAAUGAAUAGCAACAAAAACGGUAAACAAGACAACAGCAAAGAAGACACCUCCCCUUUCUCCCAUUACGAGACAAUGAAGAGACUCAGUCUGAAACACGCGAAAAAUCUGGAUAAGAAAGCGAGGAUUUUUUUCCCAACCACUUUCAUCUUUUUCAAUUUAGUGUACUGGACUUACUACUGGUGGCUAAGGAACACACACGUAUUCUGACGUCACUUCAGAUGUGAAAAAAAACGUGAACAAAACCCGAAGAAACUGAAAACUAGAAAUAUGAGCGAAAAGUGAAAAACAUGAAAAAAAAGAAAUCAUCAUAAAACGAAAUUACAUGGCAAGAAAAAGUCAAUUUGGCGCCCUUUAUUAGGAAUUACAAAUCGAAGAAGAGAAAAAUGGCAGUACGAAACUAAAAACAUUGCAAAAAAACAAUAUGCGUUGGCUGUGUUGCAUGAAUUCAUAGAGCUUUUUUCUUUUUCUAGCUUCCAAGAACUAUCUUUAUCUGGUAAAUUAUGACAAAGUACCACGUUGGCCGUGGAUGUAUUUUUUAACCAAGCUACUUACCAAGCAAUGUUUUAAGUUCUUUGCAAAAUUAUGGGAAAAAAAUUAAGAAUCAGCGAGUUGAAAUCGAAAAGAAGCUUCAAUUAGGUAGAUGAAAACCUUCGCUCUUGAUGUAAACUUAUAUUUUUUAUCAAAAAAAAUGUUAUGUCAUGUUUUUGACAUGACAAGGCCCGCAAAUUUUUGUUCUCGGUGAAUAGUGAACUGUGAAUUAAAACUGAA